AUGCCACCUCUGACCUUCACGGAGCCCUCUGCCCUGGUGCUCAUAGACAACCAAUUCGCCUUCAACCACCCAACGCAUUGGGGCCCGUCACGCUCCAAUCCAUCCUUUGAAAAGAAUCUUUCAGCAUUACUAAAGGUCUUCCGCGCUGCCCGUCAACGCAAACCAGCAGUUCCCAUUUACAUUAUUCAUAUCUUCCAUUCCUCGCUUGAACCGGGAUCACAACUCCACCAUAGCAAAACGGAUCAGAUCAAACCGUUGGACUUUGCGGUUCCAGCAUCUGAUGGAUCCGAGCCCGUGUUUUGGAAAAGUGCCAACUCAUCUUUUAUCGGCACGGGGUUGGAAUCUUUCUUAAGGGAACAUGGUGUACGACAGGUGUUUUUCGCUGACGGCUCUCUUCCGGAGGGUAUCCGUAUUGAGCGUGGUCGUGUUGUACUUGUGGCUGAUGCUACUGCUACUUUUGCCAAAGGGGAGUUUGAUGCGGAAACGGUUCAUGCUGUGUCAGUUGCGAGUUUGAGCGAAGAGUUUGCGGAUGUUUUUACAACUGAAGCUGUUGUUGAGGCUUUGGGAGUUUAG